UGAACUUUAAAUCUGCCUCCCAACUUUCAGCCUCUCUCCUACCGUCGGUCUCUCCCCCCAACCACAGCCGCCCCCCACACUCACUCUCCCCACUCCACCCAAUCUCUUCCUCUCCCGCCUCCGCAGGUGAAAACCCAGAGGCAGAUCUCAGCCAUGGAUUUACUGCGAUCACGAUCCGAGUGCUGAACCGUCCCAUCUUUCCACUCGUCCGGAUUUCCAGGCGCUUUUUGCGGAUGAUCAUCAGCGUCGUGAGGCGAGAUGAUGGCUUCAAUAGGCGAAUUCGACCCUCUGAACACCAGAGUCCCUGCAACUAAAAUAGAAGUUACUGUGUCCUGCAGGAGUCUGCUGGAUGUGGACACAUUCUCCAAGUCAGAUCCUGUGGUGGUGUUGUAUGUGCAAGGUGUGGGAACCAAAGAGUGGAGGGAGUUUGGCAGGACAGAAGUUAUCGACAACACCCGAAAUCCUGAUUUUGUCAGGAAGUUUGUGCUGGAUUUCUUCUUUGAAGAGAAGCAGAAUCUAAGGUUUGAUGUGUACAACGUGGACUCUAGAAGCUGUAACAUAUCCAAACACAAGGACUUUUUGGGCCAGACGUUCUGUACACUUGGAGAAAUAAUCGGGUCAACAGGAGGACGGCUGGAAAGGACCCUGUCUGGGAUACCAGGGAAGAAGUGUGGAAUCAUAAUCUUGGCAGCGGAGGAGCUCAGUAACUGCAGGGAUAUCGCUACGAUGCAGUUGUGCGCCAACAAGCUGGAUAAGAAAGACUUUUUUGGAAAGUCUGACCCGUUCCUGGUGUUUUACCGCAGUAAUGAGGAUGGAACGUUCACCAUCUGCCACAAGACGGAGGUGAUCAAGAACACGCUGAAUCCGGUGUGGCAGCCGUUCACCAUCCCCGUCAGAGCUCUCUGCAACGGCGACUAUGACAGGACUGUGAAGGUUGACGUGUACGACUGGGAUCGAGAUGGAAGCCACGACUUCAUUGGAGAGUUCACCACAAGUUACAGAGAGCUGUCCAGGGGGCAGAAUCAGUUCAAUGUCUAUGAGGUUUUAAACCCCAAGAAGAAGGGCAAGAAGAAGAAAUACAUCAAUUCUGGGACUGUAACUCUGCUGUCCUUCAAAGUGGAGUCGGAGUAUACCUUUGUGGAUUUCAUCCGCGGAGGGACACAACUGAACUUCACCGUAGCGAUUGACUUCACAGCAUCUAAUGGUAACCCGUCCCAGCCCACCUCCCUCCACUAUAUGAGUCCCUACCAGAUGAAUGCAUAUGCCAUGGCCCUGAAAGCAGUGGGGGAGAUUAUCCAGGACUACGACAGUGACAAGCUCUUUCCUGCCUACGGUUUUGGAGCUAAGCUGCCCCCUGAUGGCAAAAUCUCCCACGCCUUCCCACUGAAUGGUGACAGCGACCAGCCGAACUGUGUGGGCAUAGAGGGAGUUCUGGAGGCCUACUUCCAGAGCCUGAGGACAGUGCAGCUGUAUGGACCCACCAACUUCGCACCAGUUAUCAACAAAGUAGCAAACUGUGCAGCAGAGAUUACAGAUGGCUCUCAGUACUUUGUCCUGCUGAUGAUCACAGAUGGAGUGAUAUCUGACAUGGUCCAGACCAAAGAGGCAGUGGUCAACGCAGCAUUACUUCCUUUGUCCAUAAUCAUUGUUGGUGUCGGCCCUGCUGAGUUUGACGCGAUGGAGGAGCUUGAUGGAGACGAGGUGAGAGUCUCCUCCAGAGGACGUCUUGCUGAGAGAGACAUUGUUCAGUUCGUUCCGUUCAGAGACUACAUCGACAGGUCCGGGAACCAGGUGCUCAGCAUGGCCCGGCUGGCCAAAGACGUUCUGGCCGAGAUCCCUGACCAGCUGCUGUCGUUCAUGAAGAGUCGAGGAAUCGAACCGCGACCGGCCCUCUCCUCCUCCCCCAUACCGGCGCUGCACCGGCACAUCUGACCCACACAAUCCCCAACAUCUUCCCCGUCCCUGUCUGUCUCCUUUUUUCCCUUUCCUCCAGCUUCUCUUAUCCUCCAUUUCUUUGCCACUUUAAAAAGAAGGAAGUGUCAACCUGCUGCUCUCUCAGCCAGAGUCUAAACAGACGCCUCCCUUCAGCACAGCGGGCGUUCAUCCUCCACUCACCUGCUGCUGUAACUCAUCUGUUCCUCUCCCUCCUCUUAACAUUCGGUUACAUUACUAAAGAGCGUUGGGACCGACCCCCUGAGUGGAACCUUCUGGAACAUUCAGAGCUGGAUGUUUAGGAUGUUUUCCCACCUGAUAGUCCGGUAGACUUGGUUCUAUCGGCAACCAAAACAGAAAUAUUUGUUAGAUUUUCAGCUGUUGCGGUUCCCGUUUACGCUGCACUUCGUCAAACAAUCCAAAAAGCUGUUCCCCUCCUCGCCUGUGGUGGCGCUACAUCAACAACCACAGAAGGAAACAACACAAAGACGUCCAAAGACAUGACAAUUGCUUUUUUUAACCCCAUACAGGGAGUCUUUUGUGGGCUCUAGAGUCCCUUAUAUGAAAGUAGGCUGAUAGGAAAGGGGGAAGAAGACAUGCAGCAAAUGUCGCGGGGUCUGGAAAUCGAACCUGUGACAGCCGAUUCGAGGACUCAGGGCCUCCAAACGUGGGUCGUGUUCCAAACGCCACCACAGCACGCCCUGACAGGACAAGUUCAGUCUUCUCGAAAUGUAAAGAAAUUGAGUGGUGUCUGAUUUUAGUGGUUGUAGGAUUUCUCUUUUGGUUUUGGUCAAAGACCACGAGUUCAUUUCUCCCUCUAGUGCCAGACUUUUAGGUUGUUUUCACCCAGAAUCUACCCAGAAUGCCCUGUGUUGUCGUCCACUUCUCUGGUCCGCUUGGCGUUCACUUUUGCAUUCAAACCACACCAGAGUUCACUUCAACCCAACAGAGACGGAGGUUUUUAGGCGGACAAGAUUUCACUUUGUUGUCUGUAUAGAAUGGUCAGGUUUCCUACAAAUCAUUCUGCUUUUGAACACUUUUGACUGGUGUGAACGCACAAUUAGUGUUUCUGUCCAACUCCCAUCAUUUAUCUUUUUCGGAGGCCUCUCCUGCAGAAGGUUGACAUUCUGUCUCAUUUUCUCCAAUCAGGAGCCCAGUUUGGUAUUUAAUCCAAAUUAAAUCAUAUGGGGCCCUUGAUGAGUGAGAGGUACAGUGCGGCGCCUCAUUUGAGAAGUUUUCACCGAUUCACAAACAGAGCGACUCGUGCUCCGGAGCAUUUAGCCCGAGUCACUGCUGUAAAGGCUGCAGACGACCGCUGGCGGUUCCAGGGUCGGGUCAGACGAUGCAUCAGUCUCACACACACACACACACACACCUCUGUCUCUAACGCCACACCCACCCCUCUCUCUGCCCAGCGUGGGCCGAGGCUGGGUGCAGAUUUUCCCCCCUGCUGUUAGAGAAAUGCCAGUCUCUCCAGCUGUCCUGUGGAGAGGAGGAGGAGGAGGAGAGAGGAAGGAAGGAAAAGAACCAGGGGAGGGAAGAGAGGAGACAAGACACAGGUAUGCUCAAGGAUGCAGUGAGGUGGAGAGAAAGUGUUUAUCUUGUUCCAGCUGCAGUUCUGUCUCUUCAUUAGUUUAAAAAAAAAAUAAAGUAUGCACAUUUAAACCCCAAACGAUGCUAAUCUAGGAUCAAUACACACUCUAUGAAAAGCAAUACGACCGACUCCUAGCGUAGUGUUCGCCUUAUGCAUGUCCUGCUCCUUUCAGAGCUGCUUACAAAGUGGGAAAAGGCUGCCACCUAGUGCUCACCCCCCUGUAUAGCAGGACCUCUAUCUAUAUUAUGCAUGAACUGCUGUACAGCCCUCCGCUCCUCUGAGGCGCGUGCAUGAUGAACACAUCCAGCCAAAUUCAACAACGACAGAGGACUGCGUAGAAAUAACAGACCUAGAAAUGCAAACCGUCCGUGUGCGAUGCGUCAGCUUCACGUGGUGUAGAGACGUGUUCUGUGUGCGCUUUGUAAAUACGUGGACCUUUUUAUAAAAAAUAAUAAAAAAAAAUGUUUCUUUUUGCAUGUUGGGUGGAGGGGGGAAAUGUAAAACAGUGUAUCAGUGAAUAUUACACACCCCUACACUUCAAAACGAAAAUACAAACAAAUAUAUGCAUUUUUUUUUCUGUGUCUUUGGAAAAAUUCUUGUGUAGAUUUCACAUCUGAUCUGUGUUUUACAGAAUCCAGUGAAAUUAUGUGUAUUUCUUUUUACAUAUAUCUUGAAGGGUCAAGAAAACAAAAAAUGUUUGGAUUCUGUUGAAUGCCGAUGAAUUCAGAGCAGGGGUCUGCAGCCUGUUUGAACCUUCCACAUGGAAAAGACAAAAUAUUCAGAGUUUUUCUAGUUUCUAGUGCAAAUAUCGUAAUACAAAAAUGAGACAAAACUAACUUGCAAGUUACUUUUCAACAGGAUGUACUAUUUCCACUGGCAGACUUUUUAAUUUGUAACAUGGAAAAAUGUGUUGGUGAAAAAAAUCUUCCUGUGGAACUAGUACUUUUUAUUUCCAUUUAUGGAGUUAUUGACUUUAAGCUAACUAAUAUACUUUAAAAAGUUACUUGUAAAAUAGUUUUGUCUUAUUUCAAGUGCACUAAGAUAUUAACUCUAGAGACCAAAAAUACUUAGAUAUAGAUAUUAGGGUUUGGAAAUUAUUAGGGUCUUAAAAUCGUGCCACAAUAUUUAUAUAAUAAACAGCAAUAAAAUUAACUAUGAUAUACUGUUUACAACUUCUUUGUCUGUUUUUUGCUUCAAAUAUAUAAAAUAUUGUUUUGCAUUCAAUCAUCUUGUUUUGAAAUUUCUUGAUGUUAUCUGAUGCUCCGCCUCUGGUUUUUAGGGUUUUCAUUAAUUGAAGAUUAUAGUUAUAAAAAAUUGGCAUUUUUUUCAUGAGAAUGAGAAUGACACAAUAAAGGCAUAUAUCUAA